AUGGCUUGCGUCCUUUGCACUACCGGGACCAACGACCUAGCCCAUCUCCAGAAAUGCGAUCAGGAAUGCAUGAACUGCGCUGAGUCUUGCCUUCCCAUUCUACAAUCGUGUGCUGCUGAUAUCGAUUGUGAGAACAGCGUGACCGCAAAAAGCUGCUCAAGAAAUUGCGCCACUUGUAUGGAGUGCGGACUGAGCAACGAUGACAAAUGUGCGCAAUGUGGCUGUUGCACCAAAUGUCUCCCUUGGAGUGUCAAGUGCGCCAAUAUGGCGGAUAAACUUCUCAGUCACGGGAAAAAUGUGCCAGAGGAUGAAUUUGUACGUCUGCAUUAUAAUUUUAACUUUUUUUCUACUUUGUGUAGUUCCUGCUAUCAUGCUGUAUGAUCUGCAUUUGGAUGUUGUUGUUUCGUCCUGCUGCCUAAGAAAGAAGGAGAAACAUUUUGACACUGACAUCAAACACGACGACACUAUCUUCAUAGUUGGUGCAGCUGCCCGUCUAGUAUGCUGCCCGCACUUUCAAUUUCCUUCACGCGCCUUCCGCCUUCAGGCUUUUCUCGCGGUGUACAAUCACCAGGAGUAUUUUGGUGGUCGGGGACGGUCUGCUUCCGCCGACAUUGAUAUCCGGGUUGUCGAGGACGCUAGCACAGUUAUGGGCCGCAGUUGGGAGCCUCAGUCUUCUCGUACGGCGAAUUCUAGGGGUACCAGAGGAAGGAAGAACGGACCCGACUGGCUUGGCCAACUGUAUAACCCGUUCCAGAACUUGCAUCAACUUGAAGCUCACAUGCAGAGCGCACCAACAGCAGGGCGCGGCGCGUCGUCAGGGGAUGAGUAUCCAGUACCCGCAACGUAUUCGAACAAAUUUGUUUACGAAGCGACUGCGCAUCUUGACAAACGCGCCACAUCAUUUCCGUCAUCAACUUCUACAACUUCGGAGGUGAGAGUCUACACAGAAAGAGUGACACUGAUUCGGGUCGAUAUGGACACGGAGUCGCAACGACACUAUUUUGACACGACGUCCCGAGGACGAUUGGAGCUUCUAGACGAGACCAAGAAACCAGGAAUCGAGGUGGGCUUCGAUGAUGACGCGGCAAAGCAGCUUGUCCUCCUGUUUUCGUCAGCACCGGCUCCAAAGACGCUGUUCGAUUUCACUUUUGGUAAAUGUGAAUUUAGGGUUGCUUGUUACAUGAUUUCCAUCUGCAUUAUUUCUAUGUAUUUCUACUUAUUUGUUGUAACUCGUCCAACUCCAAAAAUCAUGACAGAUGAUUACUGCAUGUCCUAGUAGAGCUGCCGGUAUUUAGUGGGAGGGAGCUGGCAAAACAAGCUUCAAACAUCUUCAUGUUGAUCCCAGUCUUGUUGUGUUUCCAUGCGACCCAUCAGCUACCUACAAUUUCAGCUACCGGAUCGCCCGCUACGUUCUUUCGGAAACGCGACAUGGUAAACGCCGCUGACGAGUCGAGAUUUUUCGAUGGUGCUGCAGGAGAAAAGCCAACAUCCCCGCAUAUGCACACGACUGAAGACUUACUUCAGCGUCAGCCCAUUGCUAUCCCGGUCAAUACCGCGCUGUUUUCUUCAGCUACAACUACACUGGGAAACAAGGAAAGGUCAAGUUCGGAUACUAGAAACGAGAUGCAGCCUCCAGCAACUCCGCAUAUCUGGUGCGCCAUUUUUUCUCAGCGCACUGGCGUCGUGCGACUUCGGUAUCGGGUAAUAGACUACGUUCCGCCAGCAGGACUUUUUGCGCCUUCAAUUAAGGCCAGUAAUAUUAAUAACUGCAUUCCUUCUACUUCAUCUAAGUAAUUGAUUCUAAUCUUGAUUCUUCAUUCCUGUUAAAUGAUGUAAGUAAUGUGUAUGAACCUGUCGUGGUAGAUCCAGAUGUUGUACUUCCGUCGGCUCUCUUGCAAGAAUGGAAAGGAGACAGAAAGGAUAAACAAGAUACGCUAACGCUAUACUAACUAGGUAAGGAACAGUACUAUUAACUGCAUUUCUUCUAAUUCACGUCUGGGCCCUACAAUGCAAACUAGUACCCACCUUUCUUCACAGAAGAUGAGACAGAAAGGAUAAAGAAGAUAUGCCAACGCCAUACUAGUAUUACCAGGGAUCAUAACUAGUUCAGUCAGAAGUAUAAUGCCAACGCCAUACUAACUAGGGAUAAAAUGUUCGGAAGUCCAGCUUUAAGUCGGUAGUGGGUCUUUUCGGUCGGAUGAGUUGGUGGACGUUUUUUCGGGAUCUUGUGGUCGCUACGUUUUUCUUGCUUGGCACCAUCGCGAUUUUCUUCCUGCUGCAGAUGAGUGAGACCAGCAUAAACGUCGGACAGCUUUCAGCAACUGGCGUUAUGGUCAGCUUUUUUCCAUCAUUCUCGGCAUCUUGGUCCCCUAAUCCCUUGUAUUCUCGUGAAAUACAAGGUAAAAGGGGUCAAGAUGAGGGGGCCGAGAUGCAAUCUAGCAGACUCUAAUGGCGCAGUUGGCAACCGUGCGGUAGCGGAGUUUUCUGCAUACGGCUCUGCAGCAUUGUCGAUUUACAGGGACGUCAGAGAUUAUCGUGGUGGAUCAUCUUCAUCUUCAGGUCGUGGACCAAGACGAGAAGACGCUAAGAACGGAGAUCGCAGUCUUGAAGAAGUAGAAUUACAAACUACGCCUACGGACGUCCGAACAAGAAGAUCACAUGUUGAUGAUGACCACGGUGGAACCGGUAAUGGAGGAAGCGGCCUCGAAAACAACGAAGAGCACCAUUUCGCUGCGCCUCUAGAGGGUGUUUCGCCGUCCACGUAUGCGCCACGAACAGCUUCAUUUACGAAUGACCCGAUUGCUGCGACGCGCGCUUUGCUCUCCGUCGGACCCGAUGCCGGGUUUUCGAACUACGAGUACUAUGCUGCCGAAGAGCAAGUGAAUUCUGCCUUUAUUCGCGGCACGGCUGCUGAGCGGCUACUAGACAGUCUCUCAGGACUAUGGACACAAUUCGCUGAGAAAACAACCACAGCUUUCACAGGAGGAGAAGAGCAAGACGAUGAAGUGUUGAACAGUUUCCAAGAACAAGAACAUAUCAACGUCGAAGGACAGCAUGACAUUCAUUUUAGAGGUGGCCCUACGAGCAGAAGUCGACUUCGUGAUCCUAGAGAUAACAGCAGAAGCACUAUAGAUGUUCUUGGCGUGGAUGAUGAACAUGAAGAUGACUUCAUUCUAGCACGUACUGAAAGCGUAGUAACGCGAGAGCGAGUUGAGAGCGCGCUUCAUGCUGGUGCGGUCGAAGAAGACGAGGACGGCGAAAUUGUCGAGAUAGCUUUGGACGACAGCUCGACAUCACCGGGAACUACAAGGUCAGCUAGAGACUUAAAGGCGACUACAAUUACAUCAGUAGACCUCUUAGAUGAAGAUGAUGCUGAAACGACCAAAGUAGAGCAGGCACCAGAAGUUCCUCCUGUAACAAGUGCAGACCUGCUCGGCAAUAAAAACGUGCAGCACGCAGACGAAAAGGGCGCCGAUAAGGGCGAUCUACUCGGGUCAAGUUCCACGACAGGGAAUUACAACUUGCUUGAUUGUGCAGAUAGUGAAACAACGGUCUCACAUUCCUAUGUCGUCAUUCCUGGCCAGCAAGACACGAGUGCGGCAUCGACCACAUCUUCUUUGAGUGCGUUGCCGUUAGAACAAGCAAACUCUCAAGAAAAGACAGACCGCGGAUUGUCUGCCUCAUCAUCUGAAGACCUGCUCAAAAUAGACGAUGAUGUAGAUGUGAAGGUGCUCACGUCAUCCUCGUCGGCGGGAGGCUCAUCCUCUGAAACCCUCGGCGGUUUGGAUCUCGAUGAUGGUGGUAUAUAGUCCUUCCAACACUAUGACCAUGAUACUUCUGAUACAGAUACAUAGUGUGAAGGUUUUUGAUGCCUUUGAUACGACUACAUUUCACAUUGUGAUUUUUGAGAACCCUACACCAGAUUUGAUUUCGAUCAUGAUCAACACGCGCAUUUAUUUGUAAUUGUAUCUGUAUGUAGAUUGCACUUUCAAUCUUCUGAAUAAUAAAUCUCUCUGAUGCCAACAUUAGUAGUUACAUUUUUCCAUCAAGUAGCAUUAGCAAUAGCAAGUGCACCGCAUCAAAUAAAAGAAGAA